GGGUGUUUAGUGAGUUGAUUUCAGCGACUUGGACGAGAGACUUCAACGACAGGCUAGAAAAGAUCGUAGGAAUACGCGCGGGAGCAAUCAGGCGAAGAAAUACUUUGGAGAGACACCUCGUCCUUGUCGACGAGGUGUUAUCCGAGAAGGUGGAGGAGGGUGGUGGGAGGCGAUAUUUGGACGAAGCGUGGCGUGACAUGAUCAGCAUGGAGCUUCCGGCGCACUCGCAGCAACAUGGUGCCCUUCACCUGGGCGUAACGGUUGGUUUAAAUCCAGGUGACCCUGCCGGAAAUGCUCUUAACGCCAUUCAUUCGCACCCCCAGGACCCGCUAUCCCUCCAUCAUCACAACCAUGGAUCUACAACCCCUGGAGAUGACGGAGGACACGGGAUGAAUCAAGAUGGCCAUGGGGGAGUGAACCAACUUGGUGGCGUCUUUGUGAAUGGAAGGCCGUUGCCAGAUGUGGUGAGGCAGAGGAUCGUCGAGCUCGCACAUAGUGGCGUUCGACCAUGUGACAUUUCCAGACAACUCAGGGUUUCUCACGGCUGUGUAUCCAAAAUACUAUCAAGGUAUUAUGAAACAGGCAGCUUUAAAGCCGGCGUGAUAGGAGGUUCAAAACCAAAAGUAGCCACACCACCAGUCGUUGAUGCAAUUGCGAAUUACAAAAGGGAUAACCCAACGAUGUUCGCCUGGGAAAUUAGGGACAGGUUACUUGCAGAAGGUAUCUGCUCGCAAGACAACGUGCCAUCUGUUUCGUCCAUCAACCGUAUUGUAAGAAAUAAAGCUGCUGAGAAGGCGAAGCACGCGCACCAGCAACAACAGCAAGCGCAACAGCAGCAAGGUCAGCAACAAGGGCAACCAGGUUCAGGUGGCUCAGUAUCAGUGAUAGCACAUGCCCCUGCAACGGCGGCUGGCCAUCCUACGGCAACAGCACCUAAUGCCUAUAGCAUAAGUGGAAUCUUAGGUAUUCCGGCGCAUCAUCAAGACCCUAAUGGAAAUAGCAUCAAGCGAAAGCGAGCUGACGAUGAUGAAAAUCGUGAUAUGAACGAACAUCCUGAGGAAGACCUUAAGAGACAGAGAAGUAGUUACAACGGUGAUCAAUUAUAUUCCAACCUGUGGUCAAGUAAAUGGAGCAUCAAGGACGAGCACAAGCUGCUGAGUGAACUUGGUGGUGGUACCGGAAACGGAGGUGGCACCGGUGGGGGAGGUGGUGGCGGCGGAGGUGGUGGCGGAUACUACGAACACGGGGGAUUUCCCGGGAAUGCGAUUGCCACCUCUGCAGAGCUGUACGACUCCCUGGGCACCAUCAGUACUAUGACGCAAGCGCAAACGCCCCACCUCUACACCCCGCCCAUAGGGGGCACCAUAGGUGGUACUUUGACGCCGCUCGCGCCACUGACGAUGCAAGAAUUAAAAUUGAGCCAAACCUUGGACGGUGCAAACAUGUCUCCUUACCACACCACCGAGAGCAGUACCGUCGCAGUUUCGUAUGUUGGGGUGGGGGCCGGAGGGGGCGAGCAAAGUCCACCGCUUUCCUUGCAAACCGAGACUAGCUCUGCCCCCGCGGCUCCCAACAACCCUGGAGGAGAUCCCGGACUUACGAUAUUGCAGCCUCCAGUUUCUCAACCUCAGGUUGCAUCAGCAAUACCACCCUAUUCGACGAUGCUUCCAAGUUUCGGACACUAUACAACCGGUGGUGGUGAUUACGCGUACAGCGCAGCAUAUUCUCAGUAUUCGAGUGCACCUUACAGCGGUUAUGGUUAUGGAGCAGCGACAAGCGGGUUGCUCAGUAAGUAAACAAUUCAACGUACUACUACUGCAGCGGGGAUACGCUGGCGUCUUCCCACAAUAGUGCACAACAGGGUGGAUGCAACAACGGU